AUGGAACUUUUCUGCCCUAAACGGCUCGCGGCAAGCGACUUCGAGACGAGCGAGUGCUUCGACUGCAAGGAGGCCUUCGGCAACGGCCUCUUCCAAAACCGUUUUCUGAUACUCAGUGCCGUCGCCAUCUUGCUGACAACCUGCCACGACGACCUGGUGCCGAUCAUCGCCUCGCAGGACGUGGACCACUGGUGCAAACAACCGAACAAUUCCACGCUCUCCUUCAACAGUUGGAAGAAAGACGCCAUACCCGUGAAUGCCGAUGGACGGCGAAGUCGCUGCCACGUCUACGAGAGUCCCGAUAGUCGUCACCUUUUCCGAAAGAACAGGACAGUGGUCCCGUGCCGAGAGUGGGACUACGACAGUAGGGACGCUACGGCGUCAGUCGUUAGCUCUUGGAACGCCGUCUGCCAGCGGCGAAUCCCGCUGCUCGUCGCCACGAUGGCGUUGCAGCAGGCGGGCUCCGUCUUAUUCCUGCUCCUGGGCGGCGUCGUGCUCGACGCCUUCGGAAGAGACCGCGUCCGCCUGCGAGCAGCCGUGACUGCGACGGUGUCCACGGUACUCGGUUGCGUCGUCGUCCACCACCACGACUUCUACGCCAUGGCGCAGUACGUGCUCUCUGGUAGCGCGGCUGUCAACGCCGCCGCGGCCCUGCUCAUCUCAUUCGAAGUCCUCAUCCACAGAUACAGGCCGAAGCACGUGAUCUUCGCCUCGACGCCGGCCAUCGCCCUGGCCGAGCUGUGGGUCCUCGUCGUCAGGCACAUGCGCGUCAGCAGCGGCGUGAAGCAAGCCGCCCUCCUAUCGCCCACGUUUCUUGUCGUUGUCACCGCCGCGUUCAUGGGCAGGCCGGAAUCGCCUCGAUGGCUGAUCGCCAAGGGCAGGAUGAAGGAAGCCGAGGCCGUCAUUCUGGCCGCAGCCGAGGUGAACGGAUUCGUCCCGGGGGCAGGCGCGGCAAACCUUCUCGACGGGAUCGCGAACAGACGGUGCUGCGGCGACGGCGAUUACCCAACGUCCUCCGACGGCGAUCCUCAGAGACAGUCACCUCUCGACGUUGCCGCUUCUAUUCGCCGGCGAGUGCUGGUCAUGUUCGCCGUCCACUUCUCCCUGGCCUUCGCCGUCCAUGCCAACAUCGCGUCGCGGGUGGCACGAGGCGACGAUGGCGACAGCUGGUGGCUUCCGUCGAUCCUCAUCUCCACCGCCAGUGUUCUCGGCAACGUGGUCGUACACGUGGCCGUCACCCGCAUCUCCCUGGACAGGGCGUUCGUCGCGGCCUCGGUGGUCGUCGGCGGCAUCCACUUCGUGGCAAGCGUCUUCUGCGACUUCGAAACCGCGGCCGACCGCGGCCUGCUAGCGUUCUCCAGCGGCGUCGCGAACAUGGCCAUAGUCGUCGGCGCUUGCUACGUCAUGCAAGGCGUCCCCACUGCCGUGCGCGGUGUCGCCCUGUGCUGGUCGCUCGCUAGCGGUCGAGUUGGCGCCCUCCUAGCCUGCUUGACGCCGCUGUUGUGCCAGAGCGUCCGUGGUCACGUGGCGUUCGCGCUGUCGGCGUUCUUUCUCAUCGCGUCGUCAGUACUGGCGGUGCUGAGCCUGCCGUCCUCCCCGAGGGAAGUCGAGCGUGAGAACAGUGUCGGGUCAUCUCUCCGCAGCAGUCAGGCGCCAUCUUGUCAGGCAUCUUACCGAGACUCGGUGUACAGCAAGACAUCGUGGACCGCCCGGAGAGGGCGCUGCAACACGCUACGCCGUUUCCACUCCGUAGGGAGCCUACAUGCAAGCGCUGUUUGA